AUGGCUGGUCAUCUGGACACAAGUGAAAAGGGAGCAAGAAUGUAUGAGAAUCAUUUUAUUAAUCGUGGUGGCUUACUUAAAAGGUCUACAUCCACUCGACUCAAGCAGUUAUUUGGAAGAGUUGAAAUCACUUAA